CCGAAAUUAAGAGAUGUACUCCUGAUAAAACCACCUCAGCUCUCUCCUACGAUAAACUUAGCUCCAUGCACAUCAACAGCAUUUAAUUCAGCAUAGCAUGGCAUCCUCAGAACCAUUCCCGGCCGUCUCCACAGCUUAUGAAGCCAUUCGUGGCGACGGCAAACAAAAAUCAUACGGUGGCAGACAAACAAUAAGCACACGACCGCGGCGAAAGUCCAGCGGGCUAGGCGCAGAACUUCCAGGAGACAACACAGCAGUAUCAUUUGCGACUCUUUCACCGCCGCCUUCUCCAUUACCCGAAGAUGCGAUGCGAUCGUCUUCGGACGGGACCAAACACCGUCGCUCGAAGAGAAGGAAGGUCAAGAGCUUGUUCCGACGCUGGAAACAGUUUUCAAUGAAACACACAUGGGUCAAUCCGCUCGCCAUAUGUCUCAUCGUUGUCGCCAUAUACCUAACAAAUCCCUCCAAAAGUAACCCCGUCUAUCCCGCUCUGUUUCUCUCAUAUCCUCUUCCGCAAGCGCCUGGCGACGAUAAACCGCUACAAUAUGGCAAAGGCAAGCUGGACUUUGCGUUUGUCUCGUUCUAUACUGUAUUCCUCUCUUUUACGCGCGAGUUCCUCAUGCAGCGCCUAAUUCGACCUCUUGCGAUCAAAGCCGGUAUCAAGUCUCGCGCCAAACAAUCAAGAUUCAUGGAACAAUUCUACACUGCGAUAUACUUCUCGAUAUUCGGUCCGUAUGGUCUGUGGGUUAUGUCUAGGACACCGGUGUGGUAUUUCAACACUACCGGGAUGUACGAAGGGUUUCCGCAUAAGACGCAUGAAGCAGUCUUCAAGGCAUACUAUUUACUGCAAGCCAGCUACUGGGCACAGCAGAUGAUCGUCCUCGUCUUGCUAUUGGAAAAGCCGCGGAAAGACUUUCAGGAACUUGUGGCGCAUCACAUUAUAACCCUGCUGUUGAUUGGCCUCAGCUACCGAUUCCACUUCACAUACAUGGGACUGGCGAUCUACAUCACGAUGGACGUCAGUGAUUUCUUCCUUGCCACAUCCAAGGUCAUGAACUACGUCGACUCGCCCAUAAUGGGUCCCUAUUUCUGUAUUUUCCUCUUCGCAUGGGCCUACUUCCGACACUAUAUCAAUCUCAAAGUGAUGUACUCGAUUACAAACGAGUUUAUGACUGUCGGUCCUUUCGAACUGAAUUGGGAAACCCAGCAGUAUAAAUGUACGCUCAGUCAGUUCAUUACUUUCGCACUCUUGGCGGCUUUGCAAGCUGUCAAUCUCUUCUGGUUCUUCCUCAUUCUGCGCAUCGCAUAUAGAUUUGCGGUCCAUAGGGAGGCCAAAGACGAGCGAAGUGAUGAUGAAGCAAGCGACGAGGAGGUCGAGGUCGAGGUCGAGAUGGAGAAGAAGGGGAAGAAGGCCAGUAAUGCCAACGGCAAGGCUGUUGCUGCAGAAGCCAAGAAGGCACGGUAAUAUGAACAUUUUCCCAACCUGUCGUCAGUUGAGUAACAUCAAUGCAUUCUCUACGCCCUUACCGAUUCUUGUAUGGUAAGCUCUUUUUUCUAUUCGUGUAUCCCUUUAACGCAUUUUCAGCUUGGGCUACCUUGAGUAAAAAUAUCUGUCUGUGGAGGAUAUCGGUCUUAGUCUGCUAAGUCAAUUCCAGGGAUCGCAAGAGGCGCGUGCGUGUAUAUAAUCUUUGUGGCCGUACGCCGCUCCUGACAGGUCGUAAUUUAGUAAUUGGGCCUAUUCGAAACGUUUAAUCACCUUUGCUUAUCGGCACGCUACCAGGCGUACCAGCAGAA